AUGGUACACGCUCAGCAAGAGUAUUCGCACUCACCAUAUCAGUCUCCUCUGUCUGAUCAGACCAGGCUUUCGACAGGUCUGCGUCAAGGGUUAAGCCCAGACACGCCGUCUGUUUCGGUUGUGGUACGGAAUCCGGAAAAUAAUACCGUUUCGGAAAGGAGCGAGGCAUCGAUCGAGUACGGGAGACAAGGCACUACUGGUGGCGUGCUCGCUGAAAAGAAUCUUUAUUACGCGCCGAUUACUGUGGGAGCUAUUCGGGAGGGGAACGGGCUGGGCAUGUUCACGCCCACGAAUGCGCAAGGUACUAAACGGGGCCGUGAAGAUGCCGAGAACGACGGGGAUAUACCGCGGAAACACGGCAAGAGGCUUACGACCAAAGAAGAAGUAUCGCUCUUCGAGCUUUGCAAUCAACAUGCGGACACGUUCGGCAAGCGCAGCGACAUCUGCAACUGGUGGAAAACUAUUGCCACGGAAUUCACGAAGGUCCAUGGGCGCCCGUACUCGUGGCAUUCAGUGCGGCGCAAAGUGGAACUCGGCACGAAGCAGCGCAUCAAAUUUCUCGAAGACCAGCGGCAGCGACAGCGGGACUUUUCCGGCUCCAAUCAGGUUCAAGACCUGAUGAACCCGCAGUGGUGCGCGGCUCUUGAUUCCUGGAUCCCCACGUGGCAGCGCUGGGAAGAGGCCGAGGCCCAGCGUAUCUCAAAACGCGAUGAGGUGAUCCGGAGGCGCUCGCAUAGCAAGCCUCAGCUCGAGCUCGGAGAGGAUGGAAGUCAUUCAUUCCACGAUGACGGCACGACCUCUCCUGGCGCUGCUAUCCCACUUACAAACCAUACUCCAACACCUGCGCCAAAUCUAGCCGCACGUCUAUUCGAGCUCCCUUCAAACUCCAUCUCUGCAUCUGUCAAGUUGCCACCAGGGUUCGAGAACAUGUUCUCCAACACUCCGCCCGCCAUACAUACACCGACCCCGCCUGCACCCGUCCCCACAUCACCAUUAACAGGCUCUGAUCAACCGAGCAAUCGUACGGUCAGCGCUGUGAUUAAUACCCUCGGUAAACUAAAUAAGCAUCUCGAUGAGGCCUCAAGAGAUGGAAGUACUGACGCGAGUUCUUCUCCCGUGAUUUCAGCAUUGGUUCACGCUGCAUCCGAAUCAGCUCAGAACAGCUCACAAACAACAGAAUAUGAUCGACUGAAAAAAGAACUCCGCCAGGAAAUGCGAAUCGAGAUCCGUCAAGAGCGUGCUGCCUUGGAAGAGAGGCUGGAUUCUGUGCAGAGAACGCAGGAGAUGAUUCUUGAGAUGUUGAGGCAGAGAUCUACGUGA